AUGGGUGCAAUAUUCGCGGUGACUGCCAUUAUACGGCAAUAUCAAGUGGAUCCUAGAAUAAGGCAAAUGAUACUGCAGUCAUCAGCCAUUCAAGCGAUGACAGUUCGUUGGCGAAGUGGUGGCAAAACUGAAGACGACGAUCAACUGGAGCUGUUGAGUGGUUCCACUGCCGAUCAUGAUGAUUACGCCACAAUUGGUUCGGAUGAAGAAGACACAUACGAGCAACCUCGCGCAGUGGUAAGAAAUCUCAAAAAAUGCCCUAAUGGGACCUCUAAUAUCCUCGAAUUAAAAUUACCACUGUUAAGCUAG